AUGGCACCUUCUCCCACCAGAUGCAGAGAGAACUCUGAUGAGCAGUCCAGGGAUCGCUCUAGAGAUAAAGCCGGCCCCAAGGAGUCACGCGAGAAGUACCGUGGCAGGGCUAGAACUCGAAGGUGGAGCGGCGCUUCCAGUGGCAGCAGCAGCUCCAGGUCUCCGUCCAGCGGUAGCACCAGCUCGGGCUCCAGCAGCGGCUCCAGCUCACCUUCAGCAUCCAGCCGCUCAGGACGUCCCAGCACAGCCUGCAGCUCCAGCUCCAGCUCCAGCUCCAGCAGCUCCCCCGGCUCUUUGAGGCCUUCUUGGCUUAGAAGAGGCAAGAGACAGCGGUCUCACUCCAAACAGCCCGAAAGAGAUGAAAAGGAGGGGAGAAGGCACAGCCCUUCCCCUAAACCCACCAAGCUGCACAUCGCGAGACUCACCAGGAACGUGACCAAGGACCACAUCCGGGAGAUAUUCUCCACCUUCGGGAAAGUCAGAGUGAUUGACAUGCCUGUAGAGAGGAUGCACCCCGGUCUGUCUGAUGCUUACGUGGAGUUCGAGACUCCAGACGGGGCUGAGAAGGCGCUGAAGUACAUGGAUGGAGGACAACUUCCCCUUGGCUCAGGUCCCAGAAGCGCUGGCGACCCCACUUCCCUCGCCGCCCCCUCCACCGGAGCCGCUGCAGCUCCAGGUCCUCCAGAAGCUGAAGGCAGCAACCGAGGCUUGUCCCAGGGCAGCAGAGUUCCCGCUGCAGUGGUGUGGGGUCGUGCUUGUAAAGAUGCCCUCCACAGUUCUGGCUAG